ACCAGACCUGGCCUGUUCUUAUCCCUCCCUAUUCAACUGUCCCAGGUUCUUUCUUUCUUCCACCGCCCUCCUAUUCCUAGUUAGAGUCUAUAACUUGGGUCCGGAGUCAGGUCAAGAGCUAGAGACAGAGACAAGAACUAGAGCCUAGACAUAGACUAGAGGCUGUUGCUGAAGAGCCAUGCAUCGCACUCUUCCCUCCUCCCUUUCAUCCUCCACACCCGCAGCAACAUCAACACCAUCACCAGCACCAACACCAACUCCAACACCAGCAAUGGGUCCAACACAUCCCACCGUCCUCCUCUUUGGGGAUGUCACAGACGGCUGGGUUAGUGGCAUGGACUAUGUCUCUGACAAGGCCGUCACAACGCCAUGGCUGCGGUUCUUCCUGGCGGACCUCUUCUCCGCCUUCAGGACCGAGGUGAAAGCCAUGGACCGCUUCUUGCGUGACAGCUUCGGCGCUUGCUCUAACUUCCAGGAGCUGGCGCAGAAAUACCGCCACUCGGGCGACGAGGUCGGCAUGGUGCACGCCAUGCUCCUCUACGCCGUGAGGGCCUCCAUGUUGUUAGAGACGGCCAACCGCGAACCGCUGCUGCUCAACCCGGGCGAGGGCAGGCCCGAGACGCACCUCAUGGGUAUCUCUGGCGGUUUAUGGAAUGCCGUUGCCGUGCCGACGGCUGCCAACUUUGCCAGCCUGUACGAGUCGUGCCUCGAGACGGCCCGUGUCUACGCCCGGCUCUGCAACCUCACCCUGGUCCGGUCGAGGGCCAUGGAGGACCGCCCUGGCGUGUGGGGCUGGGCCGUCGUGACCGUCGACAUGACGACGGCCGAGCUCGACAAGACGCUGGAACGCUUUCAGACCGCCAUAGGCGUCCCCUCGUCCAAGAGAGUCAAGAUUGCCAUCUCGGGAGACCGGUGGAGCACCAUCAUCGGGCCGCCGUCGGUCCUGGAGCUUGUCUUCAGCCAGUGCUCGGAGCUGAAGCGGCUCCCGCGCAACGAGCUGACGGGCAUCCGCGCCAUGCAGCACACGCUCGACGUGGCCGAGGCCGACAUCGACUACGUCGUCGGCAGCUCGCCGCUGCUGGCCACGCCCCUCCGCCCGGGCUACAAGGUCUGGGGCAUGGCCGGCGACGACGCCAACGCCGUCUACUCGAGCUGGGGUCACCUGCUGCGCGUGGCUGCCGUGCAGACGCUGUCGCAGCGGCUGGACGUGGUGCAGACGGCGGGCAAGCUGAGCGCCCACCUCGGCACGGCACGCCACAUGGACGUCCACAUCAUGGGACCCAGCGGCCACGUGGCCUACCUUGUCAACGUGCUCAAGGCGGGCCCUAGCGGUGCCCUGACGAGGAAUGUGUCGGUCUACGACGACCUGGUGGCUGCCCAGUCUCAGUCACCGAGUGAGGGCUCGGGCUCGGGCUCGGGCUCGGGCAGCGGUGGCAUCCGAGAGGGUGCCAUCGCCGUCGUGGGCAUGUCGGGCAAGGGCCCCGGCAGCGAGAACCUAGAGGAAUUUUGGAACGUCAUCGCCACGGGCCAGGACUGCCACGAGGAGAUCCCGGCCGACCGCUUCGACCUGGGCGAGUACUUCUGCGCCAAGCACGGGCCGGGCGGCCCCGGCAAGUGCACCAUGACGUGCCGGCACGGGUGCUUCAUCAAGAAGCCGGGCCACUUCGACGCGCGCUUCUUCCAUAUCUCGCCGCGCGAGGCGCUGCUGAUGGACCCGGGCCACCGGCUGUUCCUGAUGAACGCGUACGAGGCGCUCGAGACGGCCGGGUACUCGGCCGGGCAGACGCGGUCGACGGACCCCAACAAGAUGGCCGUCUUUUUCGGGCAGAGCGCCGACGACUGGCACAAGGUCAGCCACGCGGCGCUGGGCUGCGACGCCUACACCAUGCAGAGCAUCCAGCGCGCCUUUGGCCCGGGCCGCCUGGCCUUCGCCAUGAAGUGGGAAGGCCCGACGUACGCCCUCGACUCGGCCUGCGCUGGCGCCACGUCGUGCAUCCAUCUGGCCUGCAUGAGCCUGCUCUCGCGCGACGUCGACAUGGCCGUCGCCGGCGCCACCAACGUGCUGUCGGACCCCCACUCCUUCACCAUCCUCAGCAAGGCCGGCGUGCUGUCCGAGACGGGCAACUGCAAGACGUACCGCGACGAUGCCGACGGCUACUGCCGCGCCGACUUUAGCGGCGCCGUCGUGCUGAAGCGGCUCGAGGACGCCGUGGCCCACAACGACAAGGUCCUGGCCGUCAUCGCCGCCUCGGCCCGGAACCACUCGGGCAACUCGACGUCCAUCACCACGUCCGACGCCAACGCGCAGGAGCGCCUGUUCAACAAGGUGCUGCGCAACGCCCGGCUGGGCCCCGACGACGUGUCGUAUGUCGAGAUGCACGGCACGGGCACCCAGGUCGGCGACAAGGCCGAGAUGGGGGCUGUCUCCAAGGUCUUUUCGCCACGGCCCGCCGGGCAGCCGCUGCUGGUGGGCGCCAUCAAGGGGAACAUCGGGCACAGUGAAUCUGCUGCCGGAAUGUCGUCGGUGCUCAAGAGCAUCCUCAUGCUCCAGAAGGGCGUCCUCCCUCCGCAGGCGGGCAUGCCGCACAGCAUGAACCCCAACGUGCUCAAGUUCCUGCAGGACGGCAGCAGCAUCGUCAUUCCCACCGAGGCAGCCGAGUUCAAGGGCGUUGCUGGCAAGCUGAAGCGCAUCCUCGUCAACAAUUUCGAUGCGGCGGGCGGCAACGCAUGCGUCAUCCUCGAAGAAUACAAGCAAGACCCAACCAAACCGCCAAAGGGAGCCGACCCCCGGUCCAGCCACGUCAUUGCAACGUCGGCCAGGACGCCAGCCUCGCACCUCGCCAACAUGCGCCGACUCGCCGCGUGGCUCCGCGCAAACCCCAGUGCGCGGAUCCAAGACAUGGCCUACUCGACCACGGCGCGCAGGAUGCACCACCCCAUCCGGUUCGCGCUGGCCGCGUCGACGCCGCAAGAGGCCGCGUCCAAGCUCGAGGCCGAGAUGGAGCGCGCCGGGUCCGCCACCAAGACAACGCCCGCCGACGUCGUCUUUGUCUUUACCGGCCAGGGCUCGCACUACGCGGGCAUGGGCGCCGAGCUGUACCGCACGAGCGCCGUGUUCCGCAAGACGGCCGACCUGUGCGCGGCCCUCUGCGUCUCCAACGGCUUCCCCCCCUUUCUGGACAUCAUCGCCGACAGCGCCGUCGACGUGUCGGCCAAGGACGCAGCGCAGAUCCAACUCGCCGUGGUCACGCUCGAGAUCGCCCUCACGGCUUUCUGGAAGGCGGCCGGCAUAGCCCCGGCCAUGGUCAUGGGCCACAGCCUGGGCGAGUACGCGGCCCUGCACGCGGCGGGCGUGCUUUCGCUGACCGACACGCUGUACCUGGUCGGGCAGCGCGCGCGGCUGUUGCUGGAGCGGUGCGAGGCCGACUCGUGCGCCAUGCUCGCCGUGUCGGCCCCUGUGGCCGCCGUGCGCGGGCAGCUCGGGCAGCUCGGUCGCGACUCGUCGUGCGGCGUCGCGUGCGUCAAUAGCCCCAGGGCUACCGUGGUCAGCGGCACGACCGAGGACCUGGCGCGGCUGCAGGCCGACAUGGCGGCGCUCGACGCCAAGACGCGCACCAAGAUGCUGCCGGUGCCCUUCGCCUUCCACUCGUUCCAGAUGGACGCCAUCCUCGCCGACUACAAGGCCGUAGCCAGCGGCGUCACAUACCUGCCGCCCAAGGUCCCCGUGGCGUCGACGCUGCUGGCCUCGGUGGUCGACGGGCCGGGCGUCUUCAGCGAGGACUACCUGGUGCUGCAGACGCGCCAGGCCGUCGACUUCGGCGGGGCGCUCGGCGCGGCCAAGGCGGUGCUCAAGGACCCCGUGUGGCUCGAGAUGGGCCCCGGGCCCGUGUGCGCGGCGUUUGUGCGCGCCACGCUCUCGCCGGCGCCGGCCAAGAUCAACCACAGCAUCGAUGCCAACACCGGCAACUGGGCGUCCAUCUCCAAGAGCCUCGCGGCCGUCUACUCGUGCGGCGCCGACGUCGACUGGCUCGCCCUGCACGCGCCCUACGAGGCCAACCUCGAGCUGCUCACCCUGCCGACGUACGCAUGGGACGUCAAGGACUACUGGAUCACGCACACGGACAGGAAGGGCUCGGCGGCAGCGGCAGACGCCUCCAAGGCUUUGGUCGUCGCGCCGGCCGAGCCUUUCCUGGGCACGGCGGCGCAGUACCUCGUCGACAAGUCGCUGGCGCCCAAGGUGCGGGUGACGUUCCGCGCGGGGCUCUCGGACCACGGCUUCAUGGGGCUCAUCGACGGGCACAAGAUGCAGCACGUCGGGCUCGCGUCGGGCAGCGUCUUCAGCGACGCUGCCGCCACCGUGGCCAAGUACGCCCUCGAGUACAGCGGCCGCAAGGGCGUCACGGCCGCCCACCUGACCUUCCACGACCCGGAGCUGCUGGCGCCGCUGACACGCGAUCUCGUCGGCGUCGACGGCGAGCUGCUGACCACGGCCACCAUGGACAGCGCGGCAGCCGACACGGUGUUGGUCACGUUCCGGGCUAGGACCAAGGACAGCAGCGACAGCCACGACCUCGGGUCCAUCCGCGUCGGGGUGCGCAGCGACGCGGCCAGGGCGCAGGCGCAGGCCGACCUGGACGAGCGCGUGCGGCUGUCCAAGCAGGGGGCGGGCCACCGGAUCCAGCCCGACGUCUUCUUCGCGCUGUUCGCCAAUGCCGUCGAGUUCUCGGCCGACUUCCGCGGCGUGCAGGAGGCGUACGUGGCCGGCGACUUCUCCGAGGCGGCCGCCACCAUCUCCCUCAAGCCCGACCCGGCCGGCACGCGCUUCACGUCGUCGCCUUACUGGGGCGAGGCGCUGCUGCACCUGGCCGGCUUCAUGGUCAACGGCAACCCGGCCAAGCCGGCCUCGUCGACCUUUGUCGUCAUGGGCUACGACACCGUCGAGCAGCUGGCCCCUGUCGAGCCCGGCCGCGAGUACCUGACGUACACGCGCAUCGCCCGCUGGGAGAAGGACACGGCCUUUUGCGCCGGCUACGUGUUCGACGCCGAGACGGGCCGCAUCGUCAUGCAGGCUGUUGACUUGCGCUACCAGGAGUUCAAGACGGCCACUUGGCGCCACAUCCUCGGCGGGCCCGCCGCCGGCCCAGCACACCACCAUGCCGUCUCCAAGCCUGCUGUCGCUGCUGUCGAGGAGACAAAGGUGCACGGCAAAGACCUGUCUGCCGCCUUGGCCGCCGCACCCGGACAACAGCAGACACGGAAACAGCAGACACCGCAGGCCGUCGGGGAGACUGCCUCGGCCGGCGCAGGCUACUUCAAGAUCAUCGUCGACAGCCUCGCGGCGGCGACGGGCAGCGACGCGAGCGAGUUUGCCGACGACACGGCCAUUGCCGACAUUGGCGUCGACUCCAUCAUGGCCAUCGAGGUCGUGGCGGCCGUCAAGGAGCUGGGCGUCGACCUGCCGGCCGCCUUUGUGUUCGAGUAUCCCACCAUUGGCGACCUACGCCGCGAGUUUGGUGGUGCUGGCAGUGCUGCUGGUGGGCACACCCAAGAAGAGGACUACAACAACACCGCCAACAACAACGGCAUUGCGACGCCGGUCAGCGACGACGACGACGACGACUACGACGACGCGGCCCUGUCACUGUCGCCCACGCCCGGCGAAGAGGCCGACCUCGACUUGGGCGUGGCACCCUUUUCGCCACAAAUCGAUCCGUCGACGCCGCUGCCCAGCGUGCGGAUCACGCUGCUCCAAGGACGGCCCAGCACGGCGGCCAAGACCACGCCACUCUACCUCAUGGCCGACGGCACCGGGUCGGUCGCGUCGUACCUGCACCUGCGCCCCUUCAGGGGCAAGCGCGCCGUCUACGGCAUCGACUCGCCCUUCCUGCGCUGCCCGUCGCGACUCCUGGCCGCCAAGGGCAGCACCGGCGGCAUCGAGGGCGUGGCCAGCCUUAUCGUCGACGCCCUCGUCAAGGCGCAGGCCACGGGCCCCUUCCUCAUCGGCGGCUACUCGGCCGGCUGCCUCGUGGCCUUUGAGGUAUCGCGGCAGCUGGCAGCGCGCGGCCGCGCCGUCGACGGGCUGCUACUGCUCGACAUGUGCUGCCCGCGCACGCGCCGCGCCGACCAGGGCACGCUGCUGGCAGAGGACGAGUUCAGCUACGCCGUGUUCGAAGCCGCCGUGGCGCGCGACGGCCUGUGGAGCGCGCUGGGGUCGAGCCGCGACCACUUCCGCGCCUUCUUCGUCGCCAUGAACGAGUACACGCCGCCGCCCAUGACGGCCGGCGAGCGGCCGGCGCGCGCCGCCGUGGUGUGGGCCGAGCGCGGGCUCGUCAACCGCGUGUCCGACGACGCCGCGCUGAUGCAGAAGCUGGCCGCCCAGGGCGUGCCGACCGCCCCCUACCCGGGCUUCAUGCAGGACCCCAAGCUCGGCACCUUUGCCUGUCUUGUCCCCGACAAGGGCGCCGCCGAAAACCUCGGCCCCAACGGCUGGGACCGCUACACGGCCGGCGACGUCCUGGCCCUGUCCGUGCCCGCCGACCACUUUGCCCUGCCCAUGCCCGGGCACGUCCACCUGCUGCAGGCCCAGAUGGAAAAGGCUCUCACCUACUUUGCUUCCGACUAGUUUUGUUUCCUCUGUUUUAAUUUUAGACUGCACGUUCGUGACAGCGAGCUGGCGUUUCUUGUUUUGGUUACAUGGGG